CUCACUCUCUCUGCAUCGUGUCUGAGCCCCAAACUGGCAUUUUCCCGAUUCGGGAGGACAUCCCGAAGCGGUCAUCUCGACAGCUAUGUGAAUGAAUAGGUUGACACGUGACCGUGUCAUUGAUUUCCUCUCGACAUCACCGCUUCAUGGACUUGGAACAGCUGGCUGAUUAUACCUGGACACCGCCUCAAUGCAAUCUUUUGAAAGCUCCAGAAGCGACCGGCAUAUGAGAAGUUGACUCCUCUGGAACACUGCAAGGCAAUUUCCCUCGUAGCGCUAAAUGGUGGCGGCUGAUCAUGUUGUUUCAUUAAUUCUGAAAGUUCAUCACCAGUGCGUUGAUGCGACAGCUGCUCUCCGCCUGUCAAAUUGCCCUCCGCCUCGGAUGGACGACCCCGAGCGUCGUACUGUCCCCCGGAACCGGAGCAAGAUACAAACCAGAAACGACGGUUCGAUAUUGAUGUCGUUACAAUAACAUUUCAAGUCGUGUGCACUCGUCUCUAGUAUUCGUAAAUGUCACGGGCAUGAGACAGCUCGGACCAUAACCAAGGCGCCUACACAUGCAGCGGUCUAGCCUCUAGGCACUCGAAACAUGGAGACUUGUGGAAGUUACCAUGCAAGUUGGUAAGCGUCGUGCGCAUCACCGAUUCCUUGGGGGUCCAUCUCCAUUUGGCAUAGCCGACCUCGGGGCUUAUCUUAUUUACACGAUGUAGUUGGGACCUGAUUCCUUUUCUUCUCUCACUUACUUACUUGGCGCUCGCACGCUGCGCACGAACUCGGUCCGCUGCAGACAGGCUGGGCCUCGUUCGCUGUGCGGUGCACCAGUCUGCGUUCUUUUUCGUUUCUCUUCUUUUCGUCCCCUCGACCGUUUCUUCUUCCUUCUUCUUCCGGAGCAUGCUCCCCUUUUUCUUCCAUCAAAUCCCGAACCGACAAUCUUACCUUCCGUUCGUCACGCUCUUCUUACUACUCCUACGACCUGUCACGGCACUCGUUUUCGCACCCCUCAAUAAUUCCUCCACGUUUUUAACGGGCGAAAGCGUCACGCUAGACUGGACUCUGGAUGGAUCGGAACCUGCGGGAGGCUGGCAAUUGUGGUAUCAUGAGACUGGUGUCUCGAUGGAGGUGGCGAACGUGAAUCCCGGGCAGACGUCGGCGACGUUCCCCUUUCCCGGAAGCGCGAGCGGGACUUUCCAGGCACGAGACGGCACGGCUAUCUUUGCUACGAGUGAUCUUGCAAGCGCGUCGAAUCCGGGAAGCGCGUCGUUCACGCUCACUGCGACGCGAACUUUCUCCGCUGAGAUCACCUCCGGCGCAACGAGCAGCGCAUCGAAUGGGGUUACGCUAUCGUCUGUGUUCCCUUCUAGUUCGGCGUCUGUGACUCCCUCCACCUCGAGCGUGGCUGCCGCAUCCAAUUCAACGGCCCGGACGCAGGCUAUCCUGGGAGCCAUUGUCGGAACACUUGCGGUGAUCUUCAUCAUCGUCAUGGUCUGGGUCAUUCUUCUCAUACGCCGCCGCCGCCGCCAUCAAACUCUCACUUUCAAUAAUGAAGAUGCAGAGAAAGAUUCCAGCCGUUCAACAAUGCCGUCCAGCAUAUCACUUAUAGCGUCGUCGCUGGAGUCCCCAUCACGAUCAAACUCGACUAGGACAAUAAUGACGGCGUCGGAACCAUCGUCCCCGCCCCGAACUUCACGAGCAUCAACUCCCCUACCAGCCGUGCCCGAGCCCGAGCCCGCCUCUGCCGACGCCCGCCGCCAGCUGUACCUGAGUUCACAACUCGAGAAGCUGCGGACAGGACCCACGUCCAACGAGACAGGCUCCAUCACGUUCCCGCCCUUGUCUGCUGUGCCAUCGGAUACCGUUGCCAGCGAUGUUGCGCCACAUGCACAUGGCGGGACAUCGGACGCGGAUCAGCUACCCGCGAUCCCCGCACGGGGGAUCUCUCCUGGGAAACGGAACGUGUUCCUCUCGCAGCAGCUGGGGAAGCUGGAUGUGCCGAGGACGAGUCGCCCGACGUCGCACGGUGCUUCCAUCGCCUUCAGUCCCCUGUCCUCUGUCCCGUCCGAAUCAGCAGCCAGCGAGAACGAGCCUCAAUCGGGUGCGACUGUACGGCGCACGUCCACGGUUACGAGUUCGGAGCUGGCCUCGCCGAUCUUGUUCAGACGGCCGACGGUGGAUGAGGUUGUUCGAUCGUUACCGGCCCUACCCCGAGCUGCGGGACCCUCGUGGUAGUAAGUUUAUCUUUGCGGACUAAUCAUGCGAGUAUCCUAGUCACCACUAAUCUGUAUCGUUACUCCUCCGCGACUGUCACUGCGGUUAUGAACAAUGGAAGAGUAUUAAUCAUGAUGCGAUUGUUGAUUCUUUACACAUUUGAAGGAAACUGUCAAGAGUAUGUAUCUACGGAUUAAGUAAUUGGAUGCUUGUGAUCAGUAAACAGUGCUUCAAACGGACGGAUCGAUCCAGUCCUCCUCGCCUUCUUCCAUAUCGUACGAAUGGAGAUGGGGCUGCGAAUGGUGAUGGUGAUGAUGGUGCGGAUGGCCUUUGGGCGCCGGUGCAUCGGGCAAUCCACGCCACGGCGAGUCCUCCAUCGCAGCCAUGUUGUCCGGCACGUAUUCGAACAUGAGCUUCAGCGAUCCCGACUGGACGAACGGCUUCAUCUCUGGCAGCGUAGCAAUGUUGUACGCGAGUGGCCGACCGAACCGGCCAAAGACCUGCCGGAGGCCGUGUCCCGCGCGCGAGAGGAUGCACUUCUGAAGGAGCAGAUCGGGAGCCAUGUCAAAGGUGCUCACGGACAAGAACGAGAGGGAGGGGAGAAUGUUGAGGCUGGGGUCCCCGUCAGAGAUCAGCUCCUGGAAGACGAUGGCCGGCAUCGAGGGAAGAGCUGGACCCGUCGUAGCCGGCUGGGCUUGCUGGAAAGCCAGUGUGUGUGACAUGUCAUGCAGAGUCAAAUUGGUGACAGUCGCGGGAAGCGCAUGGAGCAGAGAUUGUACCCCCGACGCAGGAAUCUCAGCGAAGAAGUGAGCUUGCUCGAGCACAGGAGUUCCUGCUAGUAACUGAAGCACUGAUUUGGCAAUCGUCUUCCCCGGAGCGCUAGGGUCUUGAAAGGCGCUUGAAGAGCUACUGCGGAUGGCAAAAGAGCGAAGAUUAGGGGCAGAAAGAUGCCGCAAGAGCCGGAACGGAUCAGUGACAAUGGACGUGCGAUAAAAGUGCAGUUCAAGAGUCUGUAGGUGUGGCAUGUAGAUCUCCCCAUCGAACAGUGUUUCAUCCACAUCCCGUACAGUCAACUUGCAGUGUCGUAGCUGAGGGCAUUCUGCUAACGUCCGCAAAAUCAAGUUGGCAUUCGGUUCGGGAAGAUCGGUCGUCGAGCCGAUAGCCAUGAGAUUGAAGGCAGCCGACACACGUCCGGGAGACAACACACUUAGCGACGUCAGUUGUUCCCACCGAAGCGGAAGUCCGAAAGGAACGACACUACUGCUUGAGAUUCCGAAUCGUCUGACACGCGCGCCGUGAAGUAAACGCAGUUGUGUCCAAUCAGGAGGCGAGGCACGUUGAUUAGCAGGGGCUCCCCAAUUGAUUAACCCGUUGAAAGCUGCUGCUGCCUGAACAGCUGCUGCGUUAACACCGCCGGCAGCCGGUCCUGGCGGAGGAGGUGGAGCGGGUGGAGCGGGGACAGGACCUUGACCAGGAGCAGGCACAAGGUUGAAUAUGGGUCCGGGGCCGGGACCGGCUGCAACCGGGGGCCCAACAUUGAAGUUGAGGAACUGGUUAGGCCCUAGCAACAUUGGGGGCGAAGCAGUGGCCAUGAUUGGCUUCAGCGUCACACUCGUCAGCAUCGGCACAUCCUGCUCAGUGAGCUCCAUCAGCCGCGCAACGCCUUCACUCGUGAUGAGCAUGUCGAUCGUGUGCCACCGGUAGGCGUAGAGGACGAGCAGGUCGAUGAUCGCGGCUGGGGACAUGCAGGCAUGGUCGACGUCGUACGAGAUAGAAAGCGGGCACUCUCCGGCACGUCCAAGCCAUAUCUUCGUAGCAUGAAUGCGUUUAGCAAGCCGGGCGCGGUCCUUCGAGAGGUCGGGGGCGCCACCAUAGUUGUGAUACGACACGCUGGUGGGGUGCACGAUGUGCAGUUUGGACCACAGGCGCGGGGUAGAGAGAGAGAUGUCGCGCCACGAGCUGCACACGCGUCCAAGGAGCAGCGGGGCCUCCGUCGUGGACAUAACGCAGUUGCGCGCAGUCGGUAGGCACGCAAGGAAUAUUUCCCGGAUGACAUCCACGGGGAGACGGCGCACGGGUGAGAUGAGCGCGGAGUGUGCGUCGACGUAGGCGCUCAAUUGUCGUUUCUCUCCUUCCAGUUUCUCCAUGGACUGACGUAGGGCUGCGAGCUCGGAAUCGACGUUCGAAAUGCGCUGCUGCGGACCCGACAUCAGCUGCUUGAGCUGUUCAACUUCGCUGUCGCUGGGGGCAUAGUUGGUCCCAAGUUUGGGGGUGAACGGCGAAGGCUGCAUUGAAACCGCAAUGCUAAACAAUCGUCGUCCUUUUACAAG